GUGUUUGGGCGUCUCUUUAUUUGGAGCCAAAGCUUCGUCUUUUCAAAAACCUCUCUCGCUCGCGCCGACCGCCGGCCGCCAUUCGCCGUCCAUCCGUCAUUCUAAUGAGAGCACAAAAGGCUGGAAAUUGUUAAACCUAGGGAGACCCUCUUCCAAUUCAGCUAUCUUUGAGUCUUUUUCACAAUGAUCAACCCGGACAUGAAAAACAUUCCUUUGUACCAUAAUAAGUCAGCGGCAGUUAAAAAGGCCUCUCUGAAUGAUGUGCAGAAUGACAACAGGAGUUUUGUAGACAGGAAACCUAAUGGAGAUGCAGUUAAGGUUUCUGGAUCAAAGCGACUUCCACCUCACCAACAAACACUGAUCAAUAGUGACUUAAUUCUUGCGAAUGUAAGAAGAAGAUUUGAAGCAGAACUAGGAACAUCUAGAAUACGUGAUAACUGGGACAAGAGUACUACAUAUUUACAGUCAAGACCAAAUGUUUACAAUAAUAAGGAGGAUUUGCCCCAAGAAACUAAAAUUAAAGACACUAAUCCUGCACUUUCUUCAAAUAGUAAGGCUUCAGGGUUGGUAUCUCCUAAAGUUGUCCCUUCAGAUCCUGUAGCUCUUUGUAAGCCUGGGAACAAUGGAUUUCCAGCAGUUGAAUCAAAUGGGAUUAAGGUUGAAAUGGAAUUUUGUCCAGUAAACACUGAGGUGACUGCUAACAAAUGGCAAGAACGGUUUGCUGGUUUACAGAAAUUCCUAAAUUCGUGCGAUGAUGCAUCUGGUCAAAGGGAUUACGCCCGAAGAAUGAAGCAGCUGCCACCAGCUGAACUUAGUAAACAUGCUGUUGAAUUGGAAAACAGAGCAAUUCAGCUGAUCAUAGACGAAGGUAAAGAGGUGCAGCGUAUGAAGGACCUGAAUAUACUUGGGAAAGAGUGAGCAACAAAAUAUUAUACAUAAAACUUGUUUUGUUUUCCCAUAAUCGGAUUCUCAAUUCAUACUUCUCGAGGAUCAUAAUCUAAUGAUCUCUUCAUUGCACAAUUAAUAUCAGUGUUUAGCUCUAAUGUAAGUAGAUUCAGUGUUAUCUGUUUGGAUAUGAGUUUAGACUAUAUUUGCUUAAAAUUCAUCUAGAUUUCAGUUCUUAAUUAUUGGAUUAGACUCAGAAUUAUUGUUGGGUGAUUUAUUUCUUCUUUUUGUUGUU